GCAAAUAUCCCUAGAAAUUGGCAUAGCCCUUUUACUUAUUUCAGCCCAAAUUAACUAUAGGAGCAGCCCCUGGUUACUUUAGGAGCUCUUUAUAUAGAUGCGGAAAUGCAGCAUCCCUUUAUUUUCAACCAGAAAAUCAUCCACGACAAAGUUUGAUCGUGCAAAGAAGAAGAGAAGAGCAGCUGUGAGGAGGGGGCCAAUCCGAUGGUUUGCAGAGGCGUCUCCACGUGACUUGUGUCUUCUUGUUUUUUGUCCGAUUGGAGGUAUUUGGGGCCGUGGAUAUGAGAAGGGCUGGGUUUCGAGGAACGGAUGGGAGCUAGAGGCAGAACGGGGGAAGAAGAACUGCAGAAUAUACCGUUUUGUGUCUCCGUUUUGAAGUGAAAAGGGGGGAGGGAUUUCAAAAUAGAAGGGGCUUGAGUCAGUUUUAGUGAAUGGGCCGAAAAUGGGCUAAUUAUGGAUUUAGCUGAAAUGGGUAUGUAUUUGGAUUUAAUUUUGGGGUCUAAAUCACCAACUCCUUACAAUUUUGACAUUUGAUCCUUCAUCUUGAUUACUCCUGCAUUUAAGUCCAAUUUUAGUAUUUUCCU